UUAGAGCGCUAAUAUAAGUAGAAGUAGAAGGCGAUUUACUAAGGCAGAUUAUUAGUAUAAUAAUUGUUACUCCUUGACUUGGCUUAGCUGUGGAGUGUUGAGUUUGGGGCGAUACGAUCUAUGCGCAAGAUCACCGUAUCCGCACUACCAGGCUCGCAGCCAGUCUAUCGACUACUCUGUGACAUAAUAAUCAGUAACACCGGGAACGCCAUAAAAACGACACCAUUGAUUUUCACAGGUUUUAUUUUGUCUUGAGAAGCUUUCCGCAGUUCUUGCGACUUUUUCUUGUCAACUCCACCAGUGCAAUCAAUCAGCAGCUACAACUGCAAGUACUGCAAGUACAUGUAGGUCUACCUAAGGCUAAGGGGUUCACUUGAUUUAGAGAAGCCCGUCGAGUGACGAAGUCGAUCUUCUAUCAUCUCUGUAAGUGUAACGCUGCCCGCGCUGCCCGCGCUGCUAGCACUAAUACUGGGUAGUGGCCACUAUCGAUGGAUGUGGAGGUGCAAGCCGUAGCGGGUGGGGAUCCACCAUCCGCCCACCUGAGAAGCACCGUGGACGUUGAUACUGCUUCUGAUUCAGGCAAGCGCCUAGAGUCUGAGCUAGCGGGCGUGGAGACAACGGAGUCCAGGAAAAGCCCAGCAACGAAAGACAGGAGCGAUUCUGACGAGGCCCUGGGCGCCAAGAAGCAGAUUGGGAGUAAUGGCAAGUAUCGACUCACUGAAACAAACGAAACUGAUGAGGAUGAAGAGUCGAAAGAGAAAGUGUCCUUGUUACGGCUGUUCAAGUACGCCACACCACUGGAAGUUGUACUCAUGUUUGUCGGCAUCAUCAUGGCUGCAGCCCACGGCACAGCAGUGGCAGCCGUUAUGAUUGUCUUUGGCAAUUCUGUCCAGUCGCUUGUCGAUGCCACAACGCUGGGUCCCGGCGGUGGUGGCAACCUCACUAAUGUUACCAAUGCUACCACUAAUGUUACCAAUGUUACCACUAAUGUUACCAAUGGAACUGGAGACGCGCUGUUUGAUAAGCUGCAAGAUGAGCUCAAAGAUCAGGCUAUCAUCUAUGCUGGUAUGGCUGGUGGUGUGUGGUUUGUGUCCUAUCUACAGGUGUUCUGCUGGUACUCGGUGGGAGAGAGCAUCAUCAGACGGAUCCGCCGCAAGUUCUUCACCGCCAUUCUGCACAAGGACAUUGGUUGGUUCGACACACACAAGACCGGAGAGUUGGCAUCCAGACUGUCCGAUGAUAUUCUGAAAGUCUACGAUGGCAUUGGUGACAAGAACAGUGUCUUCUGCCAGUGGAUAGCAUGCAGCAUAGCCGGCUUUGUCAUCGGCUUUGUCUACUCCUGGAGGCUAUCUCUUGUUGUCUUGGCAACCACACCCUUACUUGGAGCAUCUUCAGCAUUUGUUUCCAAGCUGGUUAUCUCAUUCGGCACGAAGGAGCAAGAUGCAUAUGCAAAGGCAGGCGCUGUGGCGGAAGAAGUCUUGUCUUCCAUACGCACGGUGGUUGCGUUCGGGGGAGAGACAAAGGAAGCCGAUAGGUAUAUACACGAGCUGGAGGGUGCACGCAAGGUUGGGGUGAAGAAAGGCUUUGUGUUCGGCGUGGGCUUCGGCUCGGCCUACUUCCUGAUGUUCGGAGCAUUUGGCCUAGCAUUCUGGUAUGGCUCAGUACUGAUCUGGGAUGGGACCAUUACAACUGGAGCUAUGCUGACGUCUUUCUUCUCCAUCAUCACUGCAAGUUUUGCAAUUGGAUCGGCUUCCCCAGGCAUACGUGCGUCUUCAAAUGCGCGUGGUGCUGCGGUAGCCAUUUACAACACCAUUGAUGAAGAGCCAAUCAUCAACUCGGCAUCUGAUACAGGAGACAAGCUGGAGAAUGUGGAAGGAGACAUCUCGUUUGAGGGCGUGCGGUUCCGGUAUCCCGCUAGGCAAGACGUUACGGUUCUAACUGGAUUGUCGGUGAACAUCAAAAAAGGAACAACUGUGGCACUAGUUGGACCCAGCGGUUGUGGCAAGAGUACUUGCAUCCAACUGCUUCAGAGAUUUUAUGAUCCAGAGUCCGGAAGGGUAACUCUGGAUGGACGUGACAUUCGUACGCUCAACAUCAAGUGGCUGCGCAGCCAAAUUGGCAUUGUCAGCCAAGAACCCAUCCUCUUCCAGGACACGAUUGCCAACAAUAUUGCGUUUGGAUCUCUGAAAGACGUCACUCGGGACGAUGUCAUUGCAGCAGCAAAGAUGGCCAAUGCACAUAGCUUCAUAAUGAACUUCCCAGAUGGUUAUGAAACACAAGUCGGUGAGCGUGGUGCUCAAAUGUCCGGUGGUCAGAAGCAGCGCAUUGCCAUCGCCCGUGCUCUAAUCCGCAAUCCUAAGAUUCUCUUACUGGACGAGGCCACCAGUGCACUGGACACGGAGAGUGAACGCACUGUGCAGGCCGCUCUUGAUGCAGCACGUGCUGGGAGAACAACUAUCGUCAUAGCUCACCGCUUAUCCACUAUUCAGAAUGCUGACUGCAUUGUAGCGGUGGAAGACGGAAAGGUGGCCGAGAUGGGCACGCAUCGUGAACUGAUGGAGAAAGAGGACGGCUUGUACCAUGCUCUUGUUACUAUGCAGGCUGCUGUCGCUGAGGCCGAGAAGGGCAAUACAGAAGAAGCUGAGGAAAUGCUGCGUGCACUGUCUAAGACUGCCAGCAGCCCAGUCAAAAGUGGCGCUGUGCGGCAGAGCUCUGCCAAAGACAAGGCCUACCGGCAGCUUUCCAAGCAACUUUCCGAGCGCCAGCAAUCAGUUACCGAAUCUACUCAAACGGGCAAAGACGACGCGGAGGAAAAGGAAGAGGAGGAGGAGGAGGUGUACCCGGAGGUGUCAACGUUUCGACUAUUCGGCUACAACAAACCAGAGUUUCCCUGGAUGGCACUCGGAUCCGUGUGUGCCAUGGCCAACGGUGUGCUGUUCCCACUGUUUGGCGUUGUCUUCUCCAAGAUCUUGAAUAUAUUCCGCUUUGUUGGCAAUCCGAACAAGGAGGACGAAUACAAGGAGCAGGCUGGACUCUGGUCGGGCAUUUUCGCCGUGCUGGGUUUAUCGUCUCUUAUUGUCAUCAUCUUGCAGUAUUUGACCUUUGCUAUAUCCGGCGAGGCCUUGACAAAGCGCAUGAGGAGUAUGCUGUUCAGAGCAAUGCUAAGAAAGAAUAUUGGAUUCUUUGAUGAGAAGAAGCACAGCACUGGGGCAUUAGCUACUCAGCUGUCAGCGGAUGCAGCUCUAAUCCAGGGAGCUACCGGUGCUAAGCUGGCAUCAGGAAAUCAGUUCAUCGCCACCUUGGUCGCCGCGCUUGUCAUCAGUUUCAUUGCUUCGUGGCAGCUGACGCUGGUGCUGCUGGGAGUCUUACCGCUGGUUGUAGCUGGUGCUGCUAUCCAGUACCAAGCGCUGGCUGGUUUCAGUGCUGCUAAUCGACCGGAACAGAUCACUUCUGGAAAGCUGGCUAUCGAGUAUGUGGAUAAUAUUCGCACGGUGGCGUCGCUUGGACUUGAAGACCGUGCCGUUGCUAGAUACAUGGAUGUCCUGGAGCCACUCCACAUUGCUGCAAAGCGCAAUCGACACAUAAUUGGACUGGCAUUCGGUUUCGGUGAAGCUACAUUCUUCUUCGUGUACGCCAUUACGUUCAGCUUCGGUGGUUACCUCAUCAAGGAGCACGGGGAAAGUUUCGAAGAUGUGUUUCAGGUUUUCGGGGCCAUGCUCUUUGCAUCCUUUUCACUGGGCGAGGCGUCGGGACUAGCGCCGGACCUGAAGAAAGCGGCGAGUGCGGCGUCCAGGAUCCUGCAUUUGAUUGACACGGUGCCAGAGAUAGACUCCGAAUCGACGGAGGGCUCACAACCAGACACAGUUGCUGGCAACAUAGAGCUGACGAACAUCCGAUUCCGUUAUCCGACACGUCCCGACGUUGAAGUCCUGCAGGACACGACCAUCACAGCCAACCACGGUCAGACCAUUGCACUUGUAGGGCAGUCUGGCUGCGGCAAGAGCACCAGUGUGUCACUGCUGGAGAGAUUCUAUGACCCUGAGGCGGGCAAUGUGAAUCUUGACGGGCAAGACAUCCGCACGCUGAACUUGAAAUGGCUUCGCCAGCAGAUGGGUCUUGUGCAGCAGGAGCCGAUAUUGUUUGACACCAGCAUUGCGGACAACAUUGCGUACGGCGCUCUCGGUGAUGGGCCAGUCAGCAUGGAGACCAUUCAGGAAAUGGCAAAGAAAGCCAACAUCCACGACUUCAUCACAACAUUGCCUAAAGGCUACGACACCAAUGUAGGUGCCAAAGGUACACAGCUGUCCGGUGGCCAGAAACAGCGCGUGGCCAUUGCCCGAGCACUGAUCCGCAAUCCCAAGAUUCUCUUGCUGGAUGAAGCCACCAGUGCUCUGGACACGGAGAGUGAAAGAGUUGUGCAAGAAGCCCUGGAUGUUGCACGGCAAGGCCGUACCAGCAUAGUCAUUGCUCACCGCUUGUCCACCAUACAGAAUGCCGACAAGAUUAUUGUCCUCGGUGGUGGACAGGUUCUGGAGCAGGGUACACACUCUGAACUGAUGGCAAAGGAGGGAGCGUACUACAAACUGAACGCUGCACAAGAGGACAACGAGGGAGCUACGUUGGCUUGAUGCACGUGCAUGCGUCGAGCAGAGUGGGAUUAUCUUUCAUUGACUUUGCAAGCGCAUCCGCAUUGGGUUUUGUUGUUUGAAACAGCGGGCAAAGCAAUCAGGUGUGUACAGUGUCUAGUAGUCACGUUAGUCGGUACUUACAUACUUGAAGUAGCACUUGCAUUUAUCCUAUCAGCAUCCCUCUAGUCUAGUGCAAACCAAGCGGGCAUAGACAGCAUGAUACAAUGAUGUUCUAAAUAUGAUAAUACCUCACAUGAUGGCCUCACUUGAGAUAUUUCGUUAUACCUCCGCACACUGCCUGAAAACGCUACCCGUGGCCGUCAAGUGUGUCAGCCGGUAGAGUACGGUGGAGUCGCAGCGGUGGUGGUGGUAGAAGAAAUUUUCUCUUUACCCCUACACUACACGUACCAGGAAAAUUGGCUGCUACCCACACUGGAGGUCGCGCAUUCUCCAGGGUGGGUGGGGAGCAGCCAAUUUUCCUAUAAAGUUAUCACCCAGGUUGCUACCACCCUCUGUUUCUCGAUCAUAGUCUUAGACCAGGGAGUCGUAUAUAUACGACUCCCUGUCUUAGACCUUCCCACUAUGCCUGCGUGUACGUACCAACAUUCCAACAUUAUUAUAAUUUAUUUAUUUUAUCCAUCACCACCUAAUUUUGCGCUCAUGCUAUGCAAUCUCCCCCUUGGCCUUGCAGCCAGUGUUCUGCUGUUUUUUCCAUCCCAAGUCACACCAGUGUGUGUGCUUGGAACACCCAGUGUGGCUAUGUAGAUUCUAUUAUCAGUUGUCAUACUGUUGAUUAUCGGGUUGACAAUAAUAGCUAGUGUCAGUCACUCCAACCACUCUUAUCUUUAUUCUUCACAAUAUUGUCAAUUCUUUUUGUAAAGCUGAGAACCAGCACACUUCAUGUUUUUCACUGCCGUAGGUUAGUGCUGGUCCAAGUACACCAUGUAGACAUCUGUUUUCACUCUCCGGUAUUGAGUCUACUAUUGGCCUCUAUCAUUCCGUCUCAAACCGUACCCCGUUUCUGCCACUUUUAGGCACAAAAAUCCUGUUCCAACUACAGUGUAUGCUAAAGAAUAUCUUUUAAACACAAGAA